AUGAUCGUUCCCGCCCGAAUGUACGCGUUGGUGUUUUGGUGCUUCGUCCCGGGGGGUAGUUUUUUCGAAUUUGCGACACCCGGCGGGAUCAACCCGAAACUAAUGGAGAGCGUGUCAGGGGGCACGCUGCUCGCGCUGGAACACUGUCGGGGCGUUUUCCGAUGGGACCGCUGGAACUGCCCGAAGGAAGAGUUUGCGAGACGCGCCGCGAAUAGAACAGAUCGCGAGGCAGCUUUCAGCAAUGCUAUCCUUGCCGCCGGUAUAGUCCACGCGAUCACCAGAAACUGCUCCAGGGGAGAAAUCGACGAGUGCGGCUGCGCGUCCAAGCCUCCGGAUCACCCAGGGCCGUACGAGGCCGAUUUGGACGGGAAAAAUCAUCCGCCCGGCACAGUCGCCGACUGGUCUUGGGGUGGGUGUUCCGACACCACCGGGUACGCCGAGAUGGUAACUUCGGACCUCCUCGAGAAGUCAAGAAACGACGCUGACGGCACUUCGUUAGUCGAAGCUCAUAAUUUCAGGGUCGGGAUAGAGAUGGUGCGUGAAACGAUGGUGAGAAGAUGUCGCUGCCACGGGAUGUCGGGCAGCUGUUCACUUCAGACUUGCUGGUUGCAGACGGCGCCGUUCGAGCAGCUAGCUAGAAAGCUGCGCGAGAAGUACGGCAAAGCUCUGCGGCUUUCCAAGGACACUGCACAGGCGUACGUCAGAAUCGGCAAUAGCAUACAGCACGCUGAGCGCAGGCGGAGUAUUCAACUUCCGGGAAACCGAUUAGUGUAUCUGGAUCAAUCUCCGGAUUAUUGCGUGGAAAACGAAGCAAAAAACUGGCCCGGAACGAAGGGACGCUCGUGUUCGAGGUCCAGAUCAGAACUGGCCACGGUGGCCGAACGGAAGAGCUGCAGGAAUCUGUGCAGGCAAUGCGGCCACAAAGUCAAGAAACAAAAACGCUUGGCGACGACCCGUUGUAAUUGCAAAUUCGAAUGGUGUUGUGCCGUUAAGUGCGACAUCUGUACGGAGAAUGUCGAUGAAUUUUACUGCGAUUAG